GCAGUAAAUAAAGUUCGAACUUGGCAAACUACAGUUAAACACUGCAAAAAUUAAUGUUUUCAUGUUAACCAAGUGUUUGUGUACCAGCCUAUUAAUCAGUUUAAUAAUUCGUCUGAGAAAAUUUAAAGUGCUUCUCUCGUGAAACAAUCGUAUUUAACAAUCAAAGAUUUAUAAAGACUAAGGUCAAUCGUUGCGUGUCCAAGCACCGAAAAAGCAGGAGACAUCAAAAUGGGUGUAACUGACGAUAGAAGAGGAAAUCCGGAUGAAGAGGACAUUAUGGAGAGGGAACUUGCUGAGGAUGCUGUUUGGAAGCGAAUCCAGAAAAAUACCUUUACAAGAUGGGCCAACGAACAUCUGAAAACUGUUAACUCUCACAUUGAAAACCUGGAAACUGAUUUCGAAGAUGGAACUCGUUUGGUUGCUCUAGUUGAAGUAUUAUCUGGUAAAAGGUUACCUCGACACAAUAAAAAGCCCAAACUUCGAGCCCAGAAACUAGAAAAUGUUAAUAUUGCUCUCAAUUUUUUAACUCAACAAGAAGGAAUCAAAAUUGUCAACAUUGACAGUACUGAUGUUGUCGAUGGUCAUCUCAAAUUGAUUCUUGGAUUAAUAUGGACUUUAAUUCUUCACUAUUCAAUUUCAAUGCCCAUGUGGGAGGGUGAAGAUGAUUCAAUGUACCGAGGAAGAGGUGAACCAACACCUAAGCAACGUCUUCUUGGAUGGAUCAAAAAUAAAAUACCAGAAGUACCAGUUAAUAAUUUCACAACCGAUUGGAAUAGUGGUAAAGCUUUAGGUGCAUUAGUUGAUGCCGUUGCACCAGGUUUAUGCCCUGAUUGGCCUGACUGGAAACCAGAAGAUGCUCUUAAAAAUACAAAGGAAGCUAUGAAGCUGGCUGACGACUGGCUUAAUGUUCCUCAACUGAUUAAACCCGAUGAUGUGGUUGAUCCAAAGGUUGAUGAUCUCUCCAUGAUGACCUAUUUAUCACAAUAUCCAAAUGCCAAACUGAAGGAAGGAGCACCACUUAGACCAAGAAAUAAUCCAAAUCGUGUUCGAUGUUAUGGACCUGGAAUACAGCCUGAUGGUGUUGUCAAAGGAGCUCAAACCAACUUCACCGUUGAAACCUUUUCCGCUGGAAAAGGAAAAGUUGAAGUUUUCAUAGCUGACCCAACAGGUAAAAUGGAACCUGUAGCAGCCAAAUUCAAUGAUGACCCCAGUAAGACCUACACUUGUUCAUAUACACCAAAAGUCGAAGGACAACACAAGGUUAUUGUUAAGUUUAAUGGUGUUGAAGUACCAAAAAGUCCUUUCUCCGUGAAUGUUGAGGGUGUGGCUGGUGAUGCUUCUAAAGUAACUGCAUCUGGACCUGGUCUUCAACCCACCGGUGUUCAAGUUGGAAAACCUACUUACUUCGAUGUUUUCACUAAAGGUGCUGGUAAAGGUCAAUUAGAGGUUGUUAUCCUCGACCCAAGUGGAAAACCAAAUACUGUGCCUUUACGAGUUCGUCCUAUAGGCGAUGACGUUUAUCGAUGUGAAUAUGUUGCUCAGGCUACCGGCGUUCAUUCCGUCAAUGUUUUCUUUGCUGGUAAACAGGUACCUAAGAGUCCAUUUGGAGUUAGAGUCUCUCCAAUCUGUGAUCCACGAAAAGUUCGUGCUUCUGGUCGAGGUCUUCAACCCACUGGUGUCCGAGUAGGAGACGUAGCUGAUUUCAAAGUUACAACAGAUGGUGCUGGUGAAGGCAAUCUUGAUAUCAAAGUAAUCGGGCCUGAUGGAAAACCUGAGAAGGUUAAUAUUCGCAAAGUUGAUGGUACAACAUUCGACUGCGACUACAAACCCACUAAGACGGGUAAAUAUGUCGUUAUCGUUUCCUUUGGUAAUCAAGAGAUAUUUAGAUCACCAUUUGAAGUUAACGUGGGACCUCCUAAACAGUCUAAAAUUAGAGCUUUUGGUCCAGGAUUAAAAGGUGGUGUUGUCGGUUAUCCUGCUAAAUUUACCGUAGACACAAAUGGUGAAACUGGAACUCUUGGUUUUACUAUCGAAGGUCCAUCCGAAGCUAAAAUCCAAUGCAUGGACAAUGGUGAUGGCUCAGCAGAGGUAAUUUAUUAUCCAACCGCGCCAGGAGAAUAUGCUAUUCAUGUUCUCAACAAUGGUGAAGAUAUUCCACAAUCUCCUUGGGUUGCUCAAAUAACGUCCAAACCAGGACCUGAUUUUGCUCCAGAUAAAGUUGUAACUGCUGGUAAAGGUAUUGGACCUACUGUUGUUCAAGGAAAGCCAACUGAUUUCACAGUUGAUACAAGGAAAGCUGGUAAAGCCCCUCUUGAUGUAUCUGUCAUCGAUAAAGCUUGCGAACCGUUACCGAUGAAAAUUGCUAAUGCUAAAGACGGAACCGUCAAAUGUGAAUACAAACCUGAAAACCCUGAUAAGCAUGUUGUUCAAGUUAAUUACGGAGGAGUUGCAGUCCCUGGAAGUCCAUUCAAAGUCCAAGUUGCUCCACCAACGGAUGCAGCUAAAGUUAAAAUAUUUGGACCCGGAGUUGAACCUGGUGUUAAACCCGGUGUGCCUACGUUUUUCAACAUUGACGCUGAAGCAGCUGGCCCAGGACAACUAAAGGUUUCACUUAAAGAUGAUAAAGGAAAAGAUGUUCCUAUUCAGCUCCAAGAUAAUGAAAACAAUACAUAUUCAGUUGAUUACACUGUACCUAAAGCUGGUAUUUACACGGUGAAUGCGACAUAUUCUGGUCAACCUAUUCCUGGAUGUCCAAUAACUGUUCCAGUAACACCAGCAGCUGAUUUGAGUAAAGUAAAGGUUGAAGGAUUAGAACCAAUUGCUGUGAUGAACAAUUUAUAUCAAUUUCGAGUUAUUAUUGAUGAUUCCCUGUCAGAAAUACCUUUUAUUCAUGAUUAUAUCACCAUUUGUAUAACAAGUCCUUCAGGACAAUCAAUCAGACCACAUAUAAUUAAUACUUCGGAAGGUUGUUUAGUCAAUUUUGUUCCAAUUGAGAUGGGCCAAUAUCUUUUAUCAGUUUAUCUUGCUGGAAGUGGUUAUGAUGAUGUUAAACCAAAACACAUUUAUUGUCUUCCUGAGCACAAAUUAUCCGUGGUUAAUCGUUCAUCACCCAUUCCUGGUCACAAUCAAGUCAAAGUUCAUUCUCAGGCUCCAAUUGAUUUACCAAUUUAUGGUCGAGCCUUUGCUGAUGCUGUCUUUGUGGACUCACCGACGGAGUUUACUGUUGAUACUCGAGCUUUGCCUAAAAAGUCUGAAGCUACAGUAACAUGUAAAAUCACCAAUCCUUCUGGCGCUCAAACAGCCACAGCCGUUACCAAAGCCAAAGAUGGAACCCAUAAAGUUGCCUUCACUCCAUUCGAAGAAGGCCCACACAAAGUUGAUGUCAUGGUUGAUGGGCAACCUGUCAAAGGAAGUCCAUUUGCGGUUAAUGCUACUAGAGGAUGUAACCCAGGAAAGGUUAAAGCUUAUGGACCUGGUUUAGAGCAAGGAAUUGUUAAUCAAAAGAAUACAUUUACCGUUGAAACAAAAGGAGCUGGUAUCGGUGCUCUUGGUUUAUCUAUUGAAGGGCCUUCAGAAGCAAAGAUGAAUUGUCGAGAUAACCGCGAUGGAACCUGCACAGUCGAUUAUGUUCCGAUUGAGACUGGUGAUUAUGACAUAGGAAUAAAAUUUGCCAACAAACAAAUUCCUGGAAGUCCAUUCAGAGUACCCGUUGAUCACCCUGUUGAUGUCUCUAAAGUAACAGCUUUUGGACCUGGCUUAGACCCAGCAAAUUGUCGAGCUGGACCUCCUCUUCCGUUUACUGUUGAUGCAUCCAAAACUGGUAAAGCGCCAUUGACCGUUGAAGUUUCAUCAGAGAAAGGACCAGUUCCUUACUCUCCUGAAAUUAAUGAUAGCGGUGAUGGAAUCUAUGAUGUUUCUUACUUGCCUCCACCAGAAGGCAGUAAAUGUAAUGUUAACGUUAAAUAUGGAGGACAGCCAAUUCCUGGAAGUCCAUUCCAGAUGAAAGUCAAACCAAUGACUGAACCACAAAAUGUUAAGUUAUCUGGACCCGGUAUUGCUAAAACAAUUCCAGCAAGUUUUCCAGCUGAAUUUACCAUUGAUGCCAAGAAUGCAGGUUACGGUCGACCAGAAGUGAAGAUACAGGCUCCUGAUGGAUCCAAAUGUAAAGCUUCAAUAAUUGAUAAUCAAGACGGAACCUACAAAGUAAAUUAUACUCCAGACGAUGUUGGCAAUUAUAAAAUUGGAGUUACCUUUGGAGGUAAACCAGUUCCAGGAGCACCAAUCACAGUCAAAACAACAGCCACAGGUCAAGCAGAUAAAUGUAAAAUUGCCCAGAAAAUCAAAGAAACAGUUGCAGCCGGUGAAGAACAAUGUCUUCAAGUUGAUGCUCGUCAAGCAGGUAAAGGUGCAGUUACCUGUAAAGUGAACAAAGUAAAAGAGGAAACUCGAACCGAAAAACAGUCGACCACAACAACCAAAAGUCAAGUGAAAAAAGUAAUCAAACAAACGACUACAGAAGAAGAAGAAAUUGAAGAAGAAGAAGAGAUAAUUGAAUACAGAGUUAUCGAUAACAAAGAUGGAACUUAUAAUGUCUAUUAUAAAGCAAUUGAACAGGGCGAUUACAAGGUUGACCUUAAAUUUGGUGGUCAACCGAUUCCAAAUGGAAGCUUCAGUAUCAAGACUACAUCGACAACUGAAGAGAUCAAAACUCGGCGGACUGUCAUUAAAAAAUCGGAAUCAUCAUAUUCGGAGGUUAGAGAGUUUCGUCAAAUUCAAUUAUACAACGUACCGGUUCCACCGUCAUCAGUUGAACCCAAACGCCGUGCAUUUAUUAAAAUGCCUUCAGGUGCCACUGAUAAGCCUACAAUAAUUGACAAUCAUGAUGGAACAAUCAGUGUUAAAUAUGAUCCUAAAGAAGAGGGUCUCCAUGAACUUCACAUAAUUUACAAUGAAGAUCCAAUUGCUGGUUCACCAUUCAAAUUUUUUGUUGACCGAUUGUCUAGUGGAGCUGUAACGGCUGCUGGACCUGGUUUAACCCAUGGAAUUGCUGGUGAGCCCAGUGACUUUACCAUUUAUACAAAGGGUGCUGGCAAUGGUGGACUUCAAGUUGCUGUUGAGGGUCCAUCUAAAGCUGACAUUCAAUACGUUGACAAUUCAGAUUCAACUGUUUCGGUUUCUUAUUUACCAAUACUUCCCGGUGAAUACAAGAUUGUUGUUAAAUUUGCUGGCAGACAUAUCAAGGGAAGUCCAUUUACGGCCAAAAUAACUGGAGAAGGAAGGAAACGGGCUCAACUGUCUGUUGGCCAUUCAUCUGAAGUUAGCUUGAAAUGCUCUGAGAAAGAUAUCCGUAAUUUGGCUGCAACAAUUGUUGCUCCUUCUGGCUUAGAGGAACCAUGUUUUGUUAAAAAGCUACCCAAUGGUCAUCUGGGAAUAUCUUUCACUCCAAGAGAGUGUGGUGAACAUUGUAUUCAUGUCAAGAGGAUGGGUAAACACAUUAGUGGAUCACCAUUCAAAAUCAAUGUCUUAGAACGAGAAAUCGGUGACGCUUCUAAAGUAAUGGUCUCUGGAAACGCAUUGAAGGAAGGCCAUACUCAUGUUGACAAUGAAUUUGUUAUCGACACGAAAGAAGCUGGUUUUGGUGGGCUCAGUUUAUCAAUUGAGGGUCCAUCUAAAGCUGAAAUAAACUGUAAGGAUAAUGAAGAUGGAACCUUGAAUGUCGCUUACAAACCAACUGAACCUGGUUAUUACAUAAUUAAUCUGAAAUUUGCUGAUCACCAUGUUCCUGGAAGUCCAUUUACUGUUAAAGUUACUGGUCAAGGAUCAAAUAUUCAACGAGAAAACAUCAAAAAGCAAAGAGAUGCACUACCCAUUACUGAUGUUGGAUCAGAAUGCAAAUUAACCUUCAAAAUGCCAGGAACUGCUGCUAUGGACAUGAAUGCAACGGUAACAUCACCUUCUGGGAAAACUGAAGAUGCCGAAAUUUUGGAUCUUGACGAUUGCUUGUAUGCUGUUAACUUUAUUCCCAAAGAAGUUGGUGUCCAUACUGUUAGUGUUAAAUACAAAGAUGCUCAUAUUCCUGGUUCACCUUUCCAAUUCACUGUUGGUCCUCUCAGAGAGUAUGGUGCUCAUAGAGUUCACGCUGGUGGACCUGGUUUAGAGCGUGGUGUUGUUAAUGAGCUUUGUGAAUUCAAUGUGUGGACUCGAGAGGCUGGAGCUGGAAGCUUAUCGCUUUCAGUUGAAGGUCCAUCCAAGGCUGAUAUUGAUUUUAAAGAUCGUAAAGACGGCUCUUGUUUAGUGGCUUAUAAAGUUACGGAACCUGGUGAAUAUAGAGUUGGAAUAAAGUUUAAUGAUCAACAUAUACCUGACAGUCCAUUCAAAGUAUGGGUUAUGCCACAAAUUAACGAGGCUAAACGAGUUGAACUUCGUGCUUUGCCCAAUGAAAAUUCACUUAAAGUAGGCUCACCCGUUACAAUUAUAAUCAAUUUGAAUGGAGCUCGUGGUGUUCUUGAUGCUAAAAUUAUAUCACCCACUGGUUUGGAAGAUGAUUGUUUCAUCACUAUGAUUGAUGCUGAUGAACAUGCUCUUCGAUUUAUACCCAAAGAAAAUGGCGUUCAUACACUUCACAUACGCUUCAAUGGAGUCCAUAUUAAGGAAAGUCCAUAUCGAUUGAGAGUAGGCAAAGAUACAGCUGAUCCAGCAGCGGUAACCGCUUUCGGGCCAGGACUGAAGGAUAUUAAAAGUGGUGUUAAAACUGAAUUUAUCGUUGAUACCUGUUCAGCCGGACAUGGAAGACUUUCUGUUUCUGUUGAUGGACCUUCAAAGGUUUCAAUGGAUUGUACCGAAUGUGAAGAAGGUUAUAAAGUCAGAUAUACGCCACUUUGUCCCGGAGAGUAUUAUAUCACUGUUAAAUACAAUGGAUAUCAUAUUGUGGGCAGUCCAUUUAGAGUUAGAUGCACAGGUGACAAGGUUAUCCCAAUAAGUGAAGCUGAAUCAGCUUCCCUUGCUGUUGAAACACAAGAUAAAGCCCUUGGAAGAGUUGGUGGCUUACCUAGAUUUAAAUCGGAUGCGGCUAAGGUUACUGUUAGAGGAAACGGAACUAAAAAAGCCUUGGUUGGCCGUCCAACUAGUCUUACUGUUGAUGGUCAGAGAGCUGGAAGUAACAUCUUAUUUGCCGCCGUUUAUGGACCUAAAGGACCUUGCGAUGAUGUUACAAUUAAACAUUUAGGAUUAAAUGUUUACAAUGUAACCUACAAUUUAAAAGACAAAGGCGAUUAUGUAUUGAUUGUUAAAUGGGGAGAUGAUCACAUACCUGGAAGUCCAUUUAAAGUUGAAGCUACUCCUUAAUUUUGAACUGAGCAGUUCUAUCACUUUUAAUGACGAAGUCGGUGUUAUUGGUUGUUGAAAUUUAUUUUACUCAAUCUUCAUCAGAAUUACAUUGAACGAAAAAAAAAUUAAAUAAAAACCAAAAAGGAAAAAAUAAAUAAAAGAGAAUCGCACCUUUUUAGAGUUAACUUUUAAUGGUUUACCAAAGCCAAUUCACAGAUUCACCUUGGAAAUAUUUACAAAAAUGGAUCCCAAAUGUUGCUUGACUCUUCCUUAAUUAAACCCUUUACUCCUCGAUUUAAUUGUUUACCCAUCAUCCUAUUAGAGUUACCAAUCAUUAUUAUGUUAUUAUGUUCGUUAUAAACAAAACAUUGUAUCUCUACUGCCAAUAACCAUGAUUACUCAAAUCCUUUCUACUUAAUAUCAAUUCUCAACCUUUUUAGGUUAAUCUUGGUGCAAUUAUGAUUUUCCCAUUAAAUUUCAUUGUCUACUGGUUCCUAAAAUAC